UAUUUUAAGAAUAGUAAUUCUAGUGCGGUUCACUCUAGUUUGUGCUAUUGUGGUAGAAAGAAGCUAAAAAUGAGCUCUACAUUUAAAACCUUUUUUAAAGGUUUGAUUUACCUUUCGAUGAUUUCGGUCCUAAAAAAAUCCUCUGCCAGUCCAAGUCGGAGCAACUACGACUUUAAGAUAAAAUACCAGUGGAAGCAAAUCGAAUACAAAUUCCGAGACGAGCAGGAGCGAUCGGCUGCUAUUGCUAAUGGAAGUUUCAAUGCUGGAAGACUGCAGCCAACCGACGCCCAAUAUACGUACGAUGCCUAUAGUGGCCUCGAGAGGGUUUUUAUCGCAACUCCCCGACUUACUCCCACCGGAUACCCGGCAACACUCGGAGUGGUUACUCAUGAAACCCGAGAUGGAAACCCAAUAAUUGAUCCGUAUCCUUCAUGGUCUUGGCAAAUAAAUCCCGAAGAGUGUCGCUAUCAUCGAAUAGUGUCCGUUUACAGAGUUUGGGCGGAUGAGUGCAACAGAUUAUGGGUAGCAGAUACCGGGUUUGUUGCAGGAAACGCAACGUGUCUUCCUCAAAUAUUGGCCUUUGACUUGAGAACGAACCAACUAAUUCACAAGUACGAAGUGCCUUAUGUGCAGGUCAGGAAUUUAUCGCUGUACAUCGCGCCCAUGGCUGAAGUGGAAGACUUUGCCAAUAACUGCGAAAAUACUUGGAUUUAUGUGCCCGACACGGAUACACCCUCUUUGCUAGUUUACAGCCUAAAACUGAACGAUUCUUGGGUAGUUCUUGAUGAAAGUUUCACUGCAGACCCGCAGUACAACACAUACACUAUCGAAGGCCAAACUUUUCGGUUUAACGACGGAAUUUUCACCGCAGCCCUUAGCCCGAAGAGCGACGGGCCUAGUAAAAGAAAACUGCACUAUCAUGCAAUGUCCAACGUGAAAGAGUCCUGGGUGUAUGUGAAACACCUGAAAAACCCCAGAAACUUUGAUUUUCCUUAUUGUUCUCCGCAGUUGUUCUAUACGUACCAUGGCAGAAGGAAGCGACAGUCACCUACAGAGGCAGCAGACCGAAAGGGCAACAUUUACUUCUCGAUUUUAACCGAGAAUCAACUGGUCAAAUGGAACCCCAGCACUGCUUACAUAGAAAGCAAUUUCGAAAUUAUUACGCCCCCUUCAUUGCCGAUUCUAUUCGCUUCUGGACUCAAAGUGCUGCCGCACAAGGAUGGCAAAGGGGAAGUUCUGUGGGUGUUCGACGUCGCAUUCGAACGCUCACAAACAGGGAACCUAAAUGGAAGUACCGUCAACUUUCGACUGUUUGAAGCUUGGUUGGACUAGGGCAGCUGUCUAUCAAGGCCAGCGAUUAAAUGGAAAUAAACAUGUUCGUCGAGAUAAUAAGUUGUUUUUGCGGCUUUAAUAGUCAAAUAAAUGGUUUGGUCAA